AUGACCAUCUUUUUGGAUCAAUAUGUAAAAAGGGAGUCCGCGACUGUGCCUAUCACGGAGGAUGUGGUGAUCAGUCGUCUUCAGAACACGAAGUCCGGCAGUGGUAUCCUCGAGCUGCUGUUUGAAAGGCGCAAUGCAAAUGAUGAGAUCUCCCCACCCAUCGGGGAGCUCUUGAUAUUGUCAAUCACGAUAAGGGCCCGGAAACGCGCAAGCGGUGAAGAAAUAGGAUCCAUUCUCAAGGUCUUGGGAAACGAAGGUCUGGUGGCCCAAGAUGUUCUGAAAGCCGCAUCCCGCAGCUACAAAGGCGCUGGUGCCAUGCGGUAUCGUCUUUCGCCUUCGGCCGCAGGCUCGAGUGACCGAUGA